GUGACGCAGUGGAGGGAGCUACAGGGGCGGGGCCAGCCGUCAAGAAUGAAAGCGUCAUCAUGCACGCACAAAUGGAAUGGCCCCCGCGGAGGGAGCCUUUGUCGUUCUAUCAGACGUCAGUCUGUCACGUCAGUCACGUCACUUGAGGGUCGUGUACUGUCUGAACUCGCUCAGGAUGGUCGUGUUGGCCACCAGCUCCUUGACCAGCGGCGUCUGCUGUCCGCCCUGAGAGGGGUAAAUGCGGCCGAACAGCUUCUGGAAACGAGUGUUGUACAGCAGCAGCUGAGUCAACACCUACAUCGCAUGCAUGGCCACACAAGAAUGACACACAACAGAGGGAGGGAGCUUUGUGUGUAUAUGUCUGUCUGUCCGUCUGUCUGUCUGUCGGCCAUUGUGUGUAGAUUAUGGCAGUGUGGCGUGGCGUGGCAUGGCGUGCCUGUUUGAGUAUGUCCAUGCCGUUGGUGAAGUUGGUGAAUGAGCUCAGCACGUUGGCGUGAAUGGCGUCGAUCGACCGCUUCCACUCGGCCCCGAACGACUUGACCUGCACACACACACAUAUACACUCACAUGGACAGACAGAUGGGCAGAUGUGUGGGUGGGCUGCUUACAAUGCGUUCGACUCGUUUGGGGUCGACCAUUGUGGCUGGGGCGGUGCCGGGGGCGGUGCCGGGGGCGGCUGCGUUGAGCUUUGGCUCGGUCUCCUUGACGAACCGAAUGAGUUCCGAGAAGUAGUCGAGCAGCUGCUCCUCCACGUACACGCUGAUCUGGUCGCGCAACAGACAGUCAAAGCUGCCAACCAAUCAACCAACAAACACACGACACACAGACACAGAGACGUGUGCAAAUGGGAUGUGUGUGUGUGUACUGUGUACCGUCCGGCGGCCUCGUUUUGGAGUUUCUUCUCGUGCAGCACCCCAAGAAUGAGGUCAUAGUUGUUGAUCAGGAAGAUCAGCCGAUCCCGCCGAGAAGAAAACUCACGGGCCAUGGCCUGCACACACACCUCUGUAUGUCUGUGUGUGUGUGUGGGAGGGGGGGGAUCGGUGUCUGUGUGACCUCGAGAAGGGUCUCCAUUGCGUUUUGCAUGGCUGUGAGUGAGUGUGUGAGAGUGUCGUCCGGCGUCCCGCCGCCGAUCGGCGUGCUCAACGCACUCAGCGCGCUGCUCAUCUCGGCGUAGCGACGAGUCACCUACACACAACACAUGACACACAUGACUGACAGACAGACCAAUGUGUGUUGUGUGUGGAUGGAUGGCUGGAUGGCGUACGCACAUAGUGUGGGUGUGUCUUUUGUGCGGGGGGCAGCUGCAGCAUCUGCUGGAUGGGGGCCCGCCGGAGGGACAGCACAUUCAUGUCCACCACCUGCUUGAAGCGCGGCCACAGCAUCGACUGAGGGAUGGAGGGAGGGACGCAAUGACAACAGAGGGAUGCACACACAGGCCACACACACGUCUCUCUCUCUCUCUCUCUGUGUGUGUGUGUGUGUGUGUCAGUACUCGUAGUCGGUCCAGGUAUCCCUCCAGGCACGGCACUCGCCGCCUUUGCAUCGUCAGCCGGUUCCACUCGUUGACGCGCGCCAUCAGCAGCAGACCCACAGAGUCGUACGACGUCGAUAUCGACCCCUCUAAGGUCUCGUAAAAGAACUACACACACACACAGAGAGAGAGAGAGGGGAAAUGACAAAUGAGUCCAUACUAAUCUGUGUUGAUGGGUUAGGUUAGGUUAGUCGCGCGCACUUGGAAGGUUUUGCUGAAGACGUCAUUGAAGACGGCCAGGUCGUCCCGCCCGCCUCCCGGCGUGGAGAAGAAGUCAUGCAGAAACAGAAACUCGGCCGUCGCCGUGUCCACCAGCAGCUUCUGGUGACUCCUACGCACACACAUACGCACACACACACACACACACUCGGCCAUUGAUGGAGACAGCUAGAUGCCCACACCCCCCGUCCCUCAGUCACCUGAAGAGCUGUUCGCUGUAGAAUUUGCUCGUGGCGCUCUGCUGCGCGUGCAGACUGGCCGUGCCCUGCACGCCGGCCGGCAGGGGCGUCGGCGAGCUCGGCGCCUGAGUGAUUCGAUUACACAGCGCAGGGGUGCAUUUCAGUUGUGUGACGGGGUGGUCGGGUUCGGUGCGCACCUGUGUGGCAUCAGCGGCAGCAGCAGCAGGGCCAGCAGCGGCUGACGAUGCGCUGGAGGUGCUUGGGGGCGUGAAGUGUAUGGUGUGCGCCACCAACGGGUUGGCGUCCAGCUCACGCAACAGCUGGUCACGACCUGCCAGACUGACCACACACACAACACACAACACACACAACACACACAACUCUCUCUCUCUCUCUGUGUGUGUGUUGCCUUGUGCCCAUCGACUCAUCCAUGGGCACACGCACACGCACGUACCUGAAGACAUUGCCUCUCCCCUGCAGAAUGUUGUGGCUGCGGUUGAGCCCCAUAACGGCGCCCAACAUCUGCCCCACCCCGCCCGCACCGCCCGCCUGCAUGGCCGCCCCGCCGCUGUCCAUGGCUCCCAGCAGGUCGUUGCGCGUGGCCGUCUGCUCCAGCUGCAGGCGGCUGAGCGACUGCACAUAGGUCUUGAACUGGGUGAGGUACAGCCGCUGCAUCGUGUGGACAUACAGCUGCUGCACGUCGUGGGCUGCGCUGGGGUGGUGGUCGGUCAGGAAGGUGUAGAGGGGCUUGAACCGCACCAGGACAUUCCGCUGGAUGAUCUGCACGUUGGUCUUGGGCUUCUUGAGCUGGUUGAUCUUCGAGAUCAGGAAGUCGCGAAUGCGCGAGAUGGCCUUGGUCUUGAGCCGCUCCAGCUCGGGGAUCGACGCGGCGCUCGACGGAUGCUCGGCCAGACCGGGCUGUGUGGCGUGUUCGAGCUUGUUGGUGAGGUCGUUGAGCCGGCCGAUGUAGUGGUCGUCGACCUCUCCCUCACAGAUGGCGUGCACCAGGUCCGGGGUGACGACAAUGUGGCUGAGGUAGGUGUUGAGGACCUCUGCGGCCACCCGUCGGUUCUGCAGCUUGCCGUUCAUGUCAAGAGAGUCCUGCUGCAGCCGCUUGAUCUUGCGGCUGAUGCCGCCGAGGUCCGACUGGAAGUUGGUCAGCAUGGCCUCCAUCUUCUCGAGGACGCUGUCGCAGAGCUGGAUGUCUGUGUGCAGCGACAGCAGGUCGCCCUGGCACUUGAGGUACUCAUCCACACUCUCGUGCUCCAGACCACGCAGCUCCUUGUCAACCUGACAUCACCACAGUCACCACACCACACACAACCACAUGCAUCUCUCGUCUGUCUGUCCGUCUGUGUGCCUGUCUGUCUGCGUCAUGUGCCAUGGCUGCAUAUCAUCCGGCGGCCCACCUGCUGAGUGUAUUGGUGCAGCGCCUUGCCGUCUUUGAGAGCGGCGGCGAUGGCGGGGUCUUGCGCGUACUUGUCGAGCUCUCGCUCCAGCUCCUCCACAUCCAGGUCAACCAAUGACACCUCGCCGGCAGAUGACAUUGUUAUCGGCAGACGAUUGAUGACGGACAGAGAGAUGGCUGAUAUGAGGAGUCAAGCCAUGGACACCGCUGCAUACACACCACGCGCCGCGUCCUUC